CCACAAAGAAUGGUCCAGUCAAGAGUGUCUCUAUCUUUUCCCGCCUUUUUCAAUAUAUAUAAGUCAAAUACGUAAACUAGUGGAAGUAAUUACUCCAAUGUUUGAAUAUAAUAGCCUUAAUAAAUUUCUUAGGUAAGUGAAUUCAUGGAAUAUUUAUAUGCCAAAAUUUCUGUGUCUUGUUUUUCAAUUUUGUUUGGCAACAUAAAGCCGACUUCUGACUAUCAAAGGUUGUGGUGAAGUGGUAUAAGUACUCCCACGUUCUUACUCAGAGGUUUCUUGUUCGAUUUCUAAAUAUGAAAAACCGGCUUUGGUAGAAAGGAUUUUACCUUUAAAGUGAAAUUUUUUAGGACAAAUCUGAAGUAGCCGGGCCUCAAAAGAGAAUGUCGAACUCUUAGUGGAAAAUAAAAAAAAAGUGAAACGACGUAAAUGCUUAGUCAAAUAAAUAAUUAAUAGGGAUCCCUAAUUAAUAAUAAUAAUAAUACUUUGUAUUGUAAUUUGUAAGGAACGUUUUAUCUUCACCUGCUAAUCCUGCCUCUUCUGGUAUAUUGGAAUUUAGAUGUCCACUCGUUAUAGUUUAAAAUAAAAUAGUACCACUAGUAAAGUUGGCUAUUCUCUAUAUAAUCCUUCCACAUGAACAAUCUCUUUGAAGUUUGAACAUGCAUUUUCUUUUACAAAAUUUAAAAUGUGUCUUUUUUUUUUUUUGCAAAAUAUAAAUUUUUGGGUCAAGUCUUACAUUUAAAAUAAGCUGAAAUUGCAAUUUGGAAUUAAUGGUACUACUUUAUGGAAAAUUCAAAAUUUGAAACUUUUUGUGGAUUUCAUAUAUAAAUAAUUAUUUCAAAUCAAAACUUGAAAUAGGGUCCUAAAUCGAGAACACUCCUUAAUACCAAAUAGAGUUUAUAACUAAUGUUGAAAUUACUUUUAAAACGGCAUAAACGCAUGUACCCUGAAAUUUCAAACACGUUUAGCCCAAUGCGUUGUGCUAAUUAAUUCUUCACUUUGGAUCGUUAAUGUUAUUAAAACUUGAACCUUUUUUCAUUUUUCCACGUCUUUUGACAAGUCACAUUGAGACUGCAAAACUUGCUGUUUUUUUUUUGUUUUUUUUUUUCCAAAUGACAAAUGCUAUAAUAGUCGUAGUGAAAUUGCACACUUCGUUUUUUAUUUUAUUUUUGAAUACUAGUGCAUGUUGAAUAGUACUCGUAAAUAUUUUCUACUAACUAACAUACUCUUCAAUAUUCCUCCCACUCCCACUAGUAUUUUUUGAUUCAUGAGAGAUGAUGAAGAGUGUUGUCACAGUUCCAUUUAGAGGCAUUACCGAUGAUUUUCGAGGGCGAGCAGCUUGCUACAAGCACGAUUGGAUUGCUGGACUUACGUCCGGAAUAUCGAUAUUGGCUCCAAGUACCUACAUAUUUUUUGCAUCUGCUCUUCCAGUAAUCGCCUUUGGCGAACAAUUGAGCAGAGAUACAGAUGGGAGCGUUAGCACUGUGGAAACUUUGGUCUCAACAGCUAUAUGUGGGAGACAAGACUUGGGACAGAGACUUUACUUGGCUUGGGCAGGAUGGAUUUGUGUGUGGACGGCACUCUUAUUGUUUCUUCUAGCAAUGUUUAACGCGUGCUACAUUAUCAAUCGAUUUACAAGAAUAGCUGGAGAGACAUUUGGGAUGCUCAUUUCAGUGCUUUUUAUUCAAGAGGCAAUUAAGGGGUUAGUGAGUGAAUUCAAAGUUCCCAAAGCUGAGGACCCAAGUUUAGAGAAAUAUCAAUUCCAGUGGCUCUAUACAAACGGGUUACUUGGAGUCAUUUUUUCCUUUGGCCUUCUAUACACAUCAUUGAAAAGCAGAAAAGCAAGGUCAUGGUGGUAUGGAACUGGCUGGUUCAGAAGCUUUGUUGCGGAUUAUGGAGUUCCUUUAAUGGUUCUUGUGUGGUCGGCACUCUCAUAUGGCGUGCCAAGCAAAGUGCCGUCUGGAGUUCCCAGAAGGCUCUUUAGUCCCCUCCCUUGGGAAUCUGCAUCUCUACAUCACUGGACUGUAAUCAAGGAUAUGGGAAAGGUUCCUCCAACAUACAUCUUUGCUGCCUUAAUUCCAGCUGUAAUGAUAGCUGGACUUUAUUUCUUUGAUCAUACUGUUGCUUCACAAAUGGCACAACAAAAGGAAUUCAAUCUUAAGAAUCCUUCUGCUUAUCAUCAUGACAUCUUGCUCUUGGGAUUUAUGACUUUGCUUUGUGGCUUAAUUGGAGUGCCUCCUUCAAAUGGUGUCCUGCCACAGUCUCCUAUGCAUACAAAGAGUUUGGCUGUUCUCAAGAGACAGCUGAUUCGGGGGAAGAUGGUCAAAAGUGCCAAGGAGAGUAUAAAGCGAAAGGCUACCAAUUCUGAAAUCUAUGGCAAUAUGCAAGCAGUUUUCAUAAAGAUCGAUAGUUCUCCUGAUACCACAGUAGCUAAAGAGUUGGAACAUCUAAAAGAGGCAGUAAUGAGAAGUACCGAAAACAAAAAUGGAGAUAAAGCGGAGGUCACAUUUGAUCCUGAGAAACACAUAGAUGUUUACUUGCCUGUCCGAGUCAAUGAACAAAGAGUGAGCAAUCUAUUACAGUCGCUUCUUGUAGCAGCAUCAGUUUGUGCUAUGCCAGUGAUAAAGAAGAUACCAACAUCAGUUCUUUGGGGGUAUUUCGCCUAUAUGGCUAUUGACAGCCUGCCAGGAAAUCAACUCUGGGAAAGAAUAUUGCUUCUCGUCAUCACCCCUGGGAGGAGGUUUAAGGUCAUUGAAGGGGUGCAUGCAUCUUUUGUGGAGUCGGUCCCAUUCAGAUACAUUGCAAGUUUCACAAUUUUCCAAUUUGUGUACUUACUGUUGUGCUUUGGAGUCACUUGGAUCCCGAUAGCUGGCAUCCUCUUCCCUUUACCAUUUUUUCUCCUCUUAAGCAUACGACAACAUUUACUCCCCAAGCUAUUCCAGCCUCAUCAUUUGAGAGAGCUAGAUGCAGCUGAGUAUGAGGAAAUUGUUGGUGACCCUCAACGUCUACACAGCUUCUCUUCUAAGGAAAUGGAAGCACCUCAUAAUGGAACGGAGGAAGGUGAAGUAGACAUCUGUGGUGCUGAGAUAUUAGAUGAACUUACAACCAGCAGGGGGGAAUUCAAGGUCAGGAGCAAGAGCUUUACCGAGGAUAAACUUCCACAGGUUCAUGCAACUACAGAGACAGAAUUUGAGUAGUUGAUCAGCUUGGACUCAACGAGACCUAUUUCCACGAGGUAGGGGUAAGGUACGUACACUUUGGUUGGGGAAUGGACUGGUGGUUUGCUUAUAUAAACUUGGAUAAUUCUCCACUCAAUAGUUAGCUUUCGGGGUUGAGUUAGACUCGGGUGUCACAUUCUUUUUAAAUGGAAAUGAAGGUACACAUAAUAUGUUGAACCAAGAAGGUUCUUUCAUUUGAUUAUUCGAAAUUUUUGUAUAAGUACAUGCAAAAUGCAACAUAUAUAAUGUAACAUUACAUCA